AUGGGCAAUGGAGAAUAUGCUUCAACACCUGACAUGUCAGAGCUUUGGGAUAGACUGAUUGCAGAGAAGAGCAAAGUCCAUGGAUUUCCGGCGGGUUUGUGUACGAGCUUAGGCAUAGGAGGGCACAUAACAGGAGGUGCAUACGGUUCCUUGAUGAGAAAAUACGGUCUCGGUGGAGAUAACGUGCUAGAUGCAGAGAUUGUUGAUGCCAACGGUAAAUUACUCAACAAAACCUCGAUGGGUGAGGAUAUGUUUUGGGCCAUUAGAGGAGGUGGUGGAGCCAGUUUUGGUAUAAUUCUAGCAUGGAAGAUCAAACUUGUUCCUGUUCCCAAAACUGUAACCGUGUUCACCGUUACCAAAACGUUGGAACAAGACGUGGGUAAUAAGAUUCUUUCAAAGUGGCAAGUGGUCGCUGACAAGCUUGUUGAAGAGCUAUUUAUCCGAGUGAUCUUCAACAUAGUUGCAAACAACGGAAGAAAGACCGUGACCAUGUCAUACAAUGCUCUGUUUCUCGGAAACAAAAGCAUGUUGAUGAAAGUUAUGAAGAAGAGUUUCCCGGAGCUAGGUCUAACAUCGAGUGAUUGUGUCCAAAUGAGUCCGAUUCCCCAGUCUGGGCUGAUGGGGAUGUUAAGGAAGUUGCUCAAAGAAGACUCUCCAUCAAUGUUAUGGAGUCCUUACGGAGGAAGGAUGUCUGCAGUCCCCAAGUCUGAAAUCUUUUUCCACAUAGAAAAGGUGUCAUCUUCAAGAUCUUGUACGUAA